AAAUGUUUUAAUUGUACCAGCCUCCACCACUUCCUCUGGCAGCUUAUUCCAUACAUGCACCUCUUUCUGUAUGCAAACGUUACCUCUUAGAUCCCUUUUAAAUCUUCCCCCCUCUCACCUUAAACCUGUUCCCUCUAGCUUUGGACUUCCCUACCCUGGGGAAAAGACCUCGGCUAUUCCCCCUAUCCAUGCCCCUCAUGAUUUUAUAAACCUGCAUAAUGUCACCUCUGCUAUGUGCAGAGACUGCUUUGGGACUUGGGGUUACUGACUCAGUGACACUACCACAAAGCUGGAGUCUGACCAAGUAUAUGACCGCGCCCCCACACCCCCGCACUCAUCACUGACGGAGAGUUUCACAGCCGCAGCACCGCUCAAUGCCACGUGAACAGUGGCCACUCAGUCACACGCCAGAGCUGUUGACAGGCGGCACCAAGAUCUGUGAGUGAGCAUCUGUCAGUGGUUUCUAAACUGGCAUGCUGUCUAAACAGGAAUCAGCUGAUGCAUCUCUCCUGCUGAUGCCUGUCUCGUGUUCCCUGUGUGAAGGCAGGUCUGAAACACAUUCAAAACAUCAGGCAAAUCCUGACACCUCCCUCACACGGAACUUCACAUCAGCUCUGCACUCACCCUGUCAGCUGUGACUGGGCAGGAACAUGGACCUCCUCAGAGGGCGGUGAGGAACUCACAACGGUGGGCAUGGAGACUGGAGUCACAUAUGGUCCUGAUCAGUACUCUGCCACGUCCUGCGUCGCACUCUCUGAAGCCGGUUUGAUCAUGAGAGGACAGUAAUCAGAGAGACUCCCUGUCGAUUACCUUCUGCGCAAAACAUUGCUUUGAAAAGUGUGUUCCCGGGAGUCUGUGGCUAGGAUGCUCCCAGGGUUCCCUUUGCAAUGAUGAACAGCAGCCAAGGUGCGAUGCUAACCUGUAACAUUAGCUACGACCAGGGCACAGUGCCACUGGUCACUGUCUACAGCCUGGUUCUUGCCAUUGGGGCCCCUGCCAACCUCGUGACCUUGUGCCUGUCCUUGGUGAAGAUCUGCAGGAAGAACGUCCUGUCUGUGUACCUGUUCACCCUCUCGCUGUCUGACCUGCUCUACAUGGGCACCAUUCCCCAGUGGAUCCUGUACGUCAAGAACCACAAUAAGUGGACGCAGAGCGACACAGCCUGUCAGCUGACUGGCUUCAUCUUCUUCAACAACUUGUACAUCAGCAUCCUCCUGCUGUGCUGCAUUUCCACUGACCGCUGCUUGGUCGUCCUCUACCCCAUCGAGUCCCAGUGGCGACGUCGACGAAGGACAGCGGUGAUGGUGUGCAUUGGCGUCUGGCUCCUCGUGAUGAUGGUCCACCUGCCAGUCUUCUUCCUGUCCAGUGUGAAGAGCGCCAAGGAGAAGAACGACUCCUGCUUCGAGACUAUCCCCAUGCCCCCGCUCGUGGCCAAGUUCAACUAUGCCCGUUUUAGCGUGGGCUUCUGCAUCCCCUUGUUCAUCCUGGCUCUCACCAACCUGCUGAUCUUCCGAAGGAUCCAGGCCAGCCCGUGCCUCAACAUCCGUGAAAAGACCAAGGUGAAGUACCUGGCUAUCGCCAUCAUAUUGAUCUUCCUCGGUUGCUUUGCACCAUACCACCUCGUCCUCCUCAGCAGAGCCAUCGCCUUCUCCCUGUAUAAGGACAGCUGCUGGUUUGAGGAAAAGAUCUACAACGCCUCCACCCUCUUCCUCUGCCUGUGCACCAUUAACAGUGCCAUCAACCCGAUUCUCUACAUGUUCUCCUGUGAGAGUGUCAGGCAGGAGUUCUGCAGAGAGGUCCAGUCCAUCAGGAACCACUCCAGUCGCCGGAGCAACAGGACAGAGAGUUACAUUCUGAGGAACGGACAGACCUCAGGGACAUCUGUGUAUAGAAUGGAACAUAUUGCCAGUGAAAACUGACCCGAGAUUGGACUAAGAACUUGCCUUCGCAAACCGACACUUAACAUCAUCUUGUUCUCAUUAAACGCGACUGGAUUGCAGAGUAAGCUUCAACAGACUCACGUUAGUGGGCAGCUAGGAAUGGUGUGCAAAUUUCAGCGAGCACACAAAACAGUGGAGUCUUCUGUGUGUUCCAUGCUGCCUGGAAGCACCCCAGCAAUUCCGUCUCAGCAUUGCUCAUGUGCUGGAACCCCUUGUCUUACUACCUCAACCCAGGACCAAUGCCCACACUGGGAAGGAGAUUGGGGUGAGACUUGCUCCCAGUCUCACCUGAAGGUCGUCUUGAGACCACUCCAAGUGAUGUGAACAGUGUACUGGGACAUAGCCUGUGUUUCCAGUGGUUUGUCUGUUACUGUGGGAUUAUCGAACUGGGAAUCAUUGGGAGCGAUAAUCGACAUGGGACGGUGCGACUCCAAAAUUGGUCAGAGCAAACCAUGUGCCCUGUCAGCAAAUCUCGUGCUUCCUUCAGCCCCUGGGACAAUGAGCAAUGGUGAUGUGGGUCAGUCAGCCUGACUCCAACCACUCCAACAUCACUUUGACCAAUGUCCAUCUGUUCACUCCUUAAUGCCAGCAAUAGUCAGGCAAUACAGCCUGCCUGAGAGUCUAGUCAAAGAGCAAAGUCAAUGUCAAGGAUUGUACCUUUGGGAUAGUCUGGAUCAAUUCCCAGUUGCUUACAAUAGUCAGUGUCCAGAAUUCUGUGCAGGUUGGCCAUUUCCUUCAGGGAGCUGUGUGCAGCAAUGUUAUUGAACACUGGGUGAUGAUUUGCUCUUUUCACUGGGUACAUCUAGUUUCUAGAAGGUUCUUAACAGCCACGAAGCCUGCCAUUCAGUGGGACAAUGGCUGUCUUUAUUUAAACUCUCUGAGUUAGCUCAACAUCUUUGAACACUGCUGGCCAGCAAAAAUCUAAAACUUGCCAUUAUCCAUCGAGUGAACACCAAUUGUAUUUAAUGCACACAGUUCACAGAUCCUGCCCUUUGAAUGAACACACAGUUCCCAAAUUCCCUCCUGAAUACCGUCACUCUGGGGCCUCAGGCUGUAAGGUCUUAGGAGGUAUGAGCAUGAUCUUCUUACUCAGUUCCUCAAACCUGCCCCGACAUUCCAUACAAUCUGUUCUGCAGAAGGGUCACGGUCUGAAAUGUAAGCUUUGUUUUCUGUCUCCACAGACGCUGCUAGACCUGCUGAGUUCCUCCAGCCAUUUCCAUUUCUGUUUCGGAUUUCCAGCAUCUACUGCUCUUUUGCUUUGUCAAUGCAACCCAAAUUUUGUCGGCUGUACCAGAAUUCCAUAAAAGAUUAAGAAUCUAUCUCAGCCUUAAAUAAACUCAAUGAUGGGCCAACCACUACUCUCAGGAGCCCUCAAGAUAUUUAACAAGUACUUUGAUAAGUGUAUACAACACCAUAGCAGACAAGGUAACAAACCAAGUGCUAGGAACUGGGGUUAGAAUAGAUGGCUGUUUGAUGAUCAGCAUGGCAUGAUGGGCCAAAGGGCCUCUUUCCUCAAUGUAACAACUUUUUAUGACUCUCUAGAAAACAGAAUUCCAAACAUUCACAACAACGAAGGAAAGAAAUUGCUCUUCAUCUCAGUGGUCAAUGACCUCUAACCUUGGGACUGCGACCCAUGCCCUCUAUUGUCCAACAAGGGGGCAAACAAUCUCUUAGCUCUUGAUGGGGACAGUGUAGAGGAAGUUUUACUCUGCUUCUAACCCCAUGCUGUCUCUGCUUGGAAGUGUUUGGUAGGGGACAGUGUAGGGGAAGCUUUACUCUGUAUCUAACCCUGUGCUGUCCCUGUCCUGAGAUGGAACCUUUGGUAUCUCACCCUCAGAGUUGUUGGCACAAGCACUGAUUAUUUCCUUUGUCGGUUCUGACAAUAUUGAUGUCAACUUAACAUUUUUUAAUCAUUCACAAGAUAAGGGUGUCACUGGCUAGGCAGCAUUAAUUGCCCAUCCCUAAUUGCCCAGAUGG